AUGGAGAGAUUUCUCAAUCUGAUGAAAGGCAUUCUUUACUCAUGGAUGAGCCCCAACUCUGUGAACACAGCAAUGGACCUGAGCAUUGCCAUUCUGUGUGGGGUGGGGCUCUUUUUCCUACUAAUCACCUUCCUGAAGGACUGCCCACUGUCACCAGCUUCUGGAAACAAAACAGACAUCCCAAAGGAUGUGAAGAGGGGGCAGAGCAACACCAGGAGGAAAACUGAUGUGGAAAAAGGUUGUAGAGAUGGAGGGGAAAAUGUGGAAGAGACCAAGACUCCAUCACAACCUAUGAAAAUUCUGACUAGGCAACUUCUCCAGGACUCUACACCACAACCCUUUUGGAACUCAAGUCAGAAAACGGACCACCUUUUACUCUCUGAGCUGUUUUCUUCCCUCAUGAGCUUAGAGGAUCUUAUAUUGCAGAAAUUUAAUCGAUGUUUCUGGGGCACAUCCUCUAUUUUCUCUGAAUCAGUUGUGGCUAUGGCCCAUGUCCUCAGAAACCCUUGCUUUGAACAACAGAAAUCUGUGAGGUUUAGUGAUCCCUGUGUCCCUGCCCAAGCUCCAUCCCAGGCUCAAGGACUUCAGCAUUACUGGUACCAGCCACUGCCUCACGAACAUAGGAAAACAAGCUUGGUAGAUCUGACAUGGGUCCCAGAAAAGGAAAUCCUCCCAAGAUCUACCCCAAAACAAAUACAUCCCAGUUUGAAGAGAAGGGCCUAUGGAGUGUCAUGUCCUACCACUGAGAAAGGGAUCCAGACAUCCCUACCCCCUGAAUGCCUGUCCCAUAAACAUGGACUGUAUUCUAAAGCCGUCAAAGGUUAUGUUAAACGAAACCAUCAAAAAGCCAUUGGAAAGCCCCCUGGGAACUUGCCCAGGGACACCCUGAAGACUAAGGCUAUCAGGCCUGCAUCUGAGCAUCUUCGGAUGUUCCAGUACCACAAGGUGCCACAGACUAAAGAAAAAGCAACAAAUGUGGGAGAACAACAAGGAACCCACAUCAGAUUCCCUCCAUCCAAGAAACUGAAGCAGCUUCAGGGACGUUUCCCACCAAACACUGAUCAUUAUUGCAAGAGAAGGCCUCAACUCUCCCAGCCUGGCCAGCCCUCCAUCCUCAAUUCCAAGAGCUACAAUUUAGGCAAAAUCUUAGCGUCUGUGUUUGCAGGGAUGACCUUAAUGAAGGACAGAGCAGACUGUACUAUGCAGUCUCAAGUCUCCCAGGCUCCACAGGCUUCCGUCCGCAACUCCAAAAGGUACAAACAUAGUAAAAGGAUGGGGUCUGAGCCCAGAAGGGUGCCCUUAAAGAAAGACACAGCAAGGUAUGAUAUGGGAAAGCCCAUCAAGAAGGGACGUGGUGCUGGGGCAAAAAAUGUGCCUCACAGUUCAUGGAGCAUCACUGGGAAGGGGCUGAAAGCCAGGAACCCUGCACUGAGGACAGACGAGCUGUCCGACAUAAACCCUACUGACGAUCAUUCUCUGCAUGACUUAGAGGCUAAAAGGAAGCUGGCAUCAAAUAGCACAAAACUUCCAGUCAAACACAGAAGGACACCAUAUCUACAGAUCCUUGAGGCACUGGAUCCCACCCCAUAUAGGGUUCCAGCCUCAAAAUGUUCCCGUGUUGUAUUUCCCUCCUCACUCAUCUGGGAUUCCAAGGAGGAAUACUACUCCAAGGCUGCCGUGAUCCUGGAAAAUUUGCAUCACCAGGACCCAGGAGGGACAAGGGUAGAAAGUGCAUCAGCUGCCAGUCUAGAGAGGGCUCUGUCUAUGCACUCAACUGCAGAGGUGCAGAAGACACAAAGAGCCCCUCCACCUGCUGCCAGCCAUAGACUCCCAAAAACACAUCCAGAUCUACUGAAGAGAAACCUGAGUAUUCAGCGCUCUGCUUUGUACUUUGAGGCAAAACCGCAGGAGGGCAGGAUUAUCCGAGGGAUUGGAAAGGGCAGCCUACAACAAAAUAACAACCCCCAAAAGGCCAAGCAUGCACCACUCAAGAGCUUUCAUGAGGGGGACUCAAGACAUCACUUGUGGAAUGGGACAGUGGUGGGCCCUGGAGAAAGGGCUUCAGCAGCCAAACAGACUAAAGCAGGGGAGGUAAAAAAAGAGACACCUUAUGCAUGGAGAGGGAGUCUGGGAUCCAACGAGAGUCACACUGGCAAGGACAUCAAUAUCAGUCCCAGGGUCUUUGGCUCUUUAGGGGCCAAGAGAAGCCCAGGCCAUCUCCAAACAUGUACUCCACAACACUCGCAGGACUCAACUCUAAGAACACAAGGGUACAGGAAUAUCAGUGUCAGUUCAAACAAGCAGCCACAGCCCAGGCCCGGGAGACACGAUCCAGAAUGCCCCAGUACAGUACACCCUGCCAAGGUCAACUUGUCUUCAGAGCACUCAAUGUCCAGCUUCCAGAAUACGUGCCAAAAGCCAAAGACUGCCCAGGGCUCAUGUGAUGUCUUCCUGAGGACGCAUGAGAGGGCAGAUACUGAAGAGAAUAGAGUCCUGAAGGAUAAGAUUAGAAUAAAUCAUCUCAAGGACUUGUGUCUCCACAAAGAGAGGCAGGGUUCUAUAAGACCUACAGCCAUAAGCCAGGGAGAAAGGCUUGGGAGAUCAAGGCCUUGUAGCCUGAGCUCCACACAGCUCAAGGAUACAGUAAAGACUCGGACAUCAGAUAAAGGAGAGGCUACUUCUAAAAGCUCUUGGAAGAGCGACAUAAGGGAGAUUUUAAAACAUGGAUAUGUUGGCUCCAAAGACAUUGGACAAGGGGACACUUCAAAGAAAGAUCAGCCCCCAGCAGUGGCUGAGCGGACAGAGGAAGACUGGACAGGGAAAAAGGUCAUCUGCAGUAUGAUAGCUCACCUGCAAUACCUUAUGAACUUUCUGUUUGAGGUCAUAGAGGACACUGAACAGGACACAUCAAAGGUACAAGGGUGUGAAAUAGAAUCCCUGAAAUUCCAGCUGGGUAGCUCAUCCCACUCUUCUGAGGGUGUCUAUGGCAUAAAUCAAGGUACACCAGCAAGCACAGUGAGCAGGGGCCACACCAGCCCCGAGAUGCAUAACUGUUCCUUCACAAAAAGAGGGAUUGGAGACAAAACACAGUCAGGGAUUAAAGCCAAGACAGCCUGUGACCAACAUCUGAACCAGGUGAACAGAGGGAUGUUCUCAGACCAGCUCCCUAUGCCCAAAAAAUAUGACCUUUCACGUAUGUACAGGGGAAUUCAACACCAGCAGGAGCUGGGUCUCACAGACCAGACCUGUGACCAACAUAAAAUUACAGAAAAGUUAGGAAUGACCCACUGUCCACAUGGAGGCACCAAGGGGCACAACCAUUCCUUUGGAUAUAGAAAACUUGGAGACCAACAACAGCCAGACUUUACCCAUAAGGCCUUGGACCCACAUCAAAGUGCAAAGGAAGACAUGGGCUGUGUCUCCUGUCUGAGUCCCAAAGGGAGCCGUCCAGUCAAGCACAGGAGAACUGACUGCUUCUCACCUUAAGUUGCUGCCCAGCAAGCCUCUGGUACUAGAACGGGGCAACGAGUAGGUGGCUCAGGCUGUCCUUGCCUUCUCACACCAAUUUUCUAGAAGGUGUCCCAUCUGCCCAGCCAUUGUGUCCCCCAUGCCUCCUAGUAAUAAACUUGGUUUUGUCCCUGUAAAGAAAGUCGUUUCUUUCUGGAAGUCUUCCUCCUGAGCUCAUGGCUCCUUCCCAGAUGGGAGCUGCUUCCUGGUAAACACUCCUGUCUUUCAGGACAGUGGUUCCUGUCUCACAGUGAUGGAGCAGGGGAGGGUCAGCAUUGCUCCUGCCCCAGUGCAGUUUAUGGAGAGACAGGGCAGGUGGGAAGGCACGGUCACUUUCAGGUGUCACCCUCACACACUCCCUUUGCUGUGCAGUUAGUAAUAAUCUUUCUGUCAUUACAGAGACAACAAAAGGUUACACUUUUUCAGGAUGAGCCAACCCCGUGAAGACCCCACCCAGGUCUGUGGCUCAAUCUGUUCCCUUACUGUCCACCUUUAUGUUUCUGUCACUUUACAGAAUGAUGUGCUGAGACAACAAUCACAAACUUUUCAUCCCCACUUCAAAGGUAGGAGAAUUUCAACCUGCAUUUCCAGGGCAGACAUAGAGAACAACUAUCCCAGGAGCCCCUGUCAUCUUGAUGCAGACGGAGGCCCUAGCACAGCUUACCUCACCUUGUGUGAUGGGCAGAGAUUGUCCAUAGUCUGCUUUGCUCUUUGACUAGAGUAGGGUCCAGAGUAGAACAUGCAGUGUGUGACCAUGGGUCGUUACUGGAGGCCAUGUCACAGAGGCCUGCCCAGUAACACAGGAAACCUGCAGAGAAACCGAAGACAUCCCAGUCAGUCCCCUCACUGACCUCCCUAGAGACCUGGCAUCAUCCUGCACAGGCCAUCGCCUUGCUGACAUGUGGACAUGCAGCUCAUAUGAUGCUGCACCAGUGCCACCCUGGGGUAGACAAUGUCUGUCAGUUGUAGAUUGUUUCCUGGUGGAAGAUUUCUAUGCAGACAAUUUGGAAACCUACAUCCGUACUUUACCAUCCUUCAAGAUCUGAGGAGAACAGAGACCCUUUCUGGAUCUAUGCUCUGUCAAAGUUCAACCUCCCCUCUCUCCUCCCAUAAUUUUCUUUCAACUCUGCAUUCCUCCUGCAAGCCCUGAAUGAAGCAAUCCACCUUUCAUCCCCCACUGCUUCACCAGAUCUCCUCUCCACUUCUUUUGUGUUUCCUUCAUAUAUUUGUUUUUAGUGUAAAAUAAAGACAAUAUAGCUAAGACUAAGUGAUAUCAAUGAAUUAGUAUAAACCAAAGAAGUGCACAAACUCCCUAGGGUAAACAUGCGGGAUGCUGUCAGCCCCUCAAAGCCCACACGCUUCUCUGUCACCAAGCCCCCUCAACAAGGACAGCCACCUUGCUUUAGGAACCUCCUCCUCACAUGUAAGCAGAAUCUUGAUCCCCUGAGCUUGUGUUGCUCACCUCAGCAGCCCGGCUCCCUCAUGCUCUGUCUCCUCUCUGUCGGCCAUCUUCCCUUUGCCACUGUAGCAUUGGAUGCGGCAUCCCUGCUUCUAGGGCUGCUCCUCUGGUGUACAGAGGUCCCACUGGCACAAGGGUCGGUUUGCUUGUGGCUGCUUCGGGCCUCCUUUCCCAGUUGCGCUCACUUGAGUAACUACAGGGUGAACGGGUGGGUUUUGAGACUUCGGUUUGCUUGGUGCUGUUCAUGGUUCUGUUUUCUUACCUGCUGCCAUGCCAGUCUCACUCUUCCUUUCUCCUCACUGAUUGAUAGGAAGGUAUAUUCUGGAUGUGAGCAUUUCACUGGUUAUAUCUUGGCAGGAAAUUAUUCCAUGUGAAGAACUUUCCCCUGGAGAUUGGCUUACACAUGGCUGGGAGCUACCAUGUGAGUGCUGGGAAUGAACCCUGGUUCUGCCCAAGGCAGCCACUGCUUUUAACUACGGAGGCAACUCUCCAGUCCCACAGGUCCUAAUAUUGUGAGACAAGACUUUCACUACUUCACCCAUCAAAAGGAUUUUAUUUUGCCCCUUUAUUUGUGUAUAGCUGUCAGAAAUUUCGGAGGAAAAAAAAAACAUGAAAUCUAUCAUUAUAUUGAAUUCUCAUUUUCAUUAAAUUAGAAUAUGUAUCAAUUAUAAUAGCCCUUGCCAUCAUUAAAGUAUGAAGAUGAUGUUACUAUUUUCAGUUUACGACAAUUAAACGUAUCUUUUCAUAAUUUUGAAAAAUUUACCUUCUAGGAUUUCCUCCUUAUAUUAGUUACUUUUCUAAGUACAAGUCAUGUUUUAAAAUUGUAACCUCCAGACCACUAUAAUUUUAUGGUUUUUAUUUCUUUUGAUUCACUUAAGAUAAAAAGAUAAAGUUGGGUGGGUAGUGAGAGAAAAUUUUGAGAAACGUUGGAGGGAGGAGAAAAUAUGACCCAUAUAUAUUGUAACAAAUACUUACGAACAAAAAACAAAGCCAAACAAUAGUUGGGAAAAUGAAGAGUUGUGCUAGCACGCCCCAUUCAAAUAAAGGCAACUAAGACUUCUUUUCAUACCUGGAAACACACUUUAUCGCUGCACACUGACCUGCUAACCUGCUACUUGGCUCACUUCCCAGAGCUUUCCUCUCUCUUCCUUUUCCUAUAACGUGUGCCUUUAGGAACGUCAUGUGCUGUCCUUGCUCCAGCCCACUUCACACACAAACUCUGUUCCCUCCUGAGAUGGGCUUUGGGGCAUCACUAGGUUACUAGGGGCAUGGGACCUCCUAUCUAGAGGGAGACCCUCAUAUACAGAAAGAGAGGACAAGUAUUGCACUAUCAUCUAUGUGCAGUGUAUGUGUAUGUGUGGUGUGUGUGAUUAUGCAUGUGUGUGGCGUGUGUGUUCAUGUGUGUGGACCUUUCUCUUUUGUUUCUUUGGUGGGUGGGUGUGCCAAUACAAGAGGCUCAUCUGCAACCAGGAAGAGAGUCUCCGCCACAAACAAAUCCUGUGUGCAACACCUUCCUUCCUGAUGUUGGCCUUGGAGUGGGGCUAGAGGAUAUAGGCCAGGGAAAACUAGGGCAGGAGCCUCCCUCCAGGUAGGUAUGUGGAAGAUGUUAGCCUCACUGGGCACCGCACCUCUGCAGGUAGCCUCGGCUCUGUAAGUGAGCCCUAUUCAUUCAUUGAUUCCCAGAGUGGAUCCUGUCAGAGUGUGUCACUGGGACCUUAGGAAGAAAUUCUAUCAACACCGAAGCCAAUAACCUUUAACUUCCUUUCUUACGCCAGGGCAGAAGUUGUCUAGCAAGAUCUGAGUCUAGCAGAAUGUUUGUGUCAAUGACAGGUGGUGGGGUAUCCAGCAGGACCUACUACUUAUCCCUGAGUCUCAGGUUAUACUGGGGUCAGAGGGGUUGUCGAGCAGGUUCUGGAACCUGGCACUGUAUACGCCACAGUAGAAGAGAUACUGUCUAGGCAGGACUGAUAUCUAGAAAUCUCUAUGGUGAGUGUCCUAAAUUUCCUUACACUAACAAUAAUUAUACAGUGUUAACAGGGUGGGAGGACCAGAUUAACUACAUAUAUGAGACUCUAGGAUAACAGACAAUGUUGCAUACAACAUCCCAAAGCACCUGCCAAUAUACUGCUGCGAUCAGUUCCAGCUGCAAAGCCUCCCUGCCACACACAGUACGUUGGGAAUCUGGCCUCAGCACAGCACACACUGCACCAUCACUAGGCUUGAACGUCUCUCCAGAGGUCACUUUGAUGGCCGAAUUCACACAGUUAGAUCCUGCUGUGUGCAAUGCUGUUCUCACUGCUCAGUGAACUGAACACCGUCUCUGUGAAGAGGGGCUGAGCCUGUUCUGCCUGUAGACGCCCGACCUUCUCAAUGAGGCUCACCAGAUCUCCCUCAGCAGCCGUCACAGCACCACACAGAUACCUUUUCCCAUUAUGAGGGGGAACAGCUGCAUUAUAUUUGGAUGGCCCAGAAGAUUCAUUAUGUCAAUUUCAGUCACGUUGACUCAGUCAUUUUCUCCCCCAUUUCCUGGACCCUGAAAGUGUCCUACGGCUCCUGUGGAGGAGGCACAGCUGGGGAAAGCUGCCUUUCUGUGCCAAGGGUCCUGAAGGUGACAAGAUUGUGUGAAACGGACACAUUUUGGAGGAUCUAACUCCAGUUCCAGCUUCACUGCUGCCUGCUCUCUUCACUUGCUGGAAGGUUGCUCGGCAAUUCCCAUGCUAACACCAGCUGACUAAACACUGACAUGAAAACCAUGAUAUUGCACUCAAGAGAAGCAGGAUGGGAGGAAGCUGUACGGCUUUCAAUUCCCAGGAGAGAGAGAGAGAGAGAGAGAGAGAGAGAGAGAGAGAGAGAGAGAGAGAGAGAGAGAGAGAGAGGAGAGGAGAGGUGAGAAGGUCCCACAGUGCACUUCAGAGUCAUAGAAACAAAACCUCAGAACCAUAGCUGAUAAAACAUGCUGAAGGCGAGAGCUGAACCUAACCAGA